AUGGUCCCCUCCACCGCCGCCAUCGGCGCCUCCACUGCCGCUUCCCUUGCUCUCUUCGACUCCUCCGGAUCCACCUGAGCGGCCGCCGCGACCGCCGCCGCCGCGGCCACGACUGCUGCUGCGGCCACGGCCGCCGCCACGAUCACGACCUUGCCCCUGACUCCUACUUGAAUACUGGUCCCUGCGGCCGUCACCGUCGACGAAGUACGCUUGCUCUGCGCCCUUCGCCCCUUUUCCUUCUCCUGCUCCAGCUUGUCCCUGAUCGCCAUGUAUUCGAUCAUUACUUCCUUUAGCACACCGGUCCGCGUCAACUCCUUCGCGUGUCGCAGGUUGUGCUUUGCCAUGGCAUACUCGUCCGAAAGGGCAUCCAGGAAGAGGCGAAGGACGAACGUUUCGUUGACAGUUAGUCCUUUCUCGGUUAAGGACUUUGCGGUUUAGAGCAUCUCAUGUGGGGCGUUUUGGGUUUUUUCACCUCUAGAUAUCCUGGUCGACGUCAGGGGCUUGAGGUCCUCUGACGGCUGUACAGAUCAUUCAGGGUCGUGUAUGGUCUUGAGCUCACGAAGAGCUCCCUGGGGCGUCUCUGCCCGCUUCAUGAUUGUCCGAUCUUUUCUUUUCAACGCGUGAGACAGGAAGUUCCACGCGUGGAAUGCGAGUUCUACUUGCUCGCUCCGGUACUGCUGUGACAGCGAAAACUUGCUCUUUCUGCUGUUGACGGGGAUUUCCAGGCUCCCGCUCUCUUCAAAUUGUUCCAACAGGUUUGCGCCAUUAGUUGCCAUGCGAAAAUCAUUUAGCCAUUCGUUGAAAUCUUUCGAUUUCCCGCUGAACGGAGGAGAAGUGUACCGCACACUUUGGUACCCCGUCGCUGGGGUUGUGGCUCCGUAUCCAAAGCCAACAGCAGCACCACCAUCUCCCAUGGCACUACUAUAAUCUUGGUUGUGAGCAGCGGCU